AUGGUACCACAUUACCUCCUGGUCCUUACGUUGGCUGCCGCCGUCAGCGGCAGAACGGCUUCAACCAAUCAGAACAAGCUGGACGAGGGCAGAAGUUCUGAAGACACCGUUUUAGGCGACCUGAAAGCCGUAUACGAAACUUACAAAGACUGCAGUGAGGGCGAGGUCGGUAACUGUCUGAAACUGAAAUUGGCGAAAGCUCUCACUAAAAUAUCGAAGAGUGACGAGAUUGUUCUCCUUAACGGCGUGACCAUUUCGAAAGACAAAAAUGCAGUCGAAAAUGUGGAAGUUGAGGAGGCGAUGCCAAGAAGUCUUGAUGAGAACUCAUUGGACAGCCUCAUUUUGGACAAAAUCGUUGGAUUCAUGCAAACUCAUACCAUCCAGAUCAAGUUUCCGACAGGCUCGGACCUGCAAGGCGCGUUCGAGGAGGGUCGUGGCAGGAGGAAGAAGCUCGCCCCACUUCUGGCAAUCCCGCUGCUCAUCGGCGGGAUGAUGGUGCCGCUAGCGUUCGGUGCACUAGCACUUCUCGCCGGCAAAGCGCUGAUCGUCUCGAAACUGGCCUUGGUCCUCGCUGGAAUAAUCGGUUUGAAGAAACUGUUGUCCUCUAAUGGCGGUGGCGAGGCCCACGAGGUCGUGGUCUCCGCUGGUCACGCCGGCUCCGGAUGGAGCAGG